UUCCCAACACAUUUGGCUGCUUGAAGUUCUUGAACAGCAUGUUGCUCGAUGGAUGUCAGUUCACUGGUCGCCUUCCUGAGUCAAUUGGAAACCUUUCUCAGCUCACUACAAUGUCUCUGACUCAUAACAGUUUCAGUGGGCCUCUUCCAUCGGUGAUCUCAAAUCUUGUCCAACUGGAAGUUUUAGACCUUACAGGCAACCAAGUGCAAGGCCAAAUACCAGAUUGUUUCACAAAUCUCCAAAAACUAACUCAAUUGUCAUUGCCAGACAACCGUUUGGUUGGCCCUUUCCCAUUCACCAUUGCGAACCUUACCAAUCUCCAGACACUGGAUCUACGAUCCAAUUCGAUAACUGGUCCUCUUCCAUCAAACGUGAGUGGCCUUCAGGGAUUGUCUUUUCUAUAUCUUUCAAACAACUCGCUCCAUGGCACAGCACCGACAUGGUUAUUUAGCCUGCAGUUACUCACAACUUUGCUUCUCAAAAACAAUCUCCUAACAGGACAAAUCGAAGAGCUCAAUGGAAUGUCACUGAUGAAAAUUGAUUUGAGUAAUAACCAAUUAUAUGGUCAAAUUCCUAAAUCAAUUUCAACACUCCCAUUUUUAGGUUUCCUUGACCUCUCAUCAAAUAAUUUGAGUGGCGUGCUUGAACUAUCCAGUGAUAGUCUUGAGUACCUUGUUCUCUCUAAUAAUCGAAUAUCAUGGAGCACCAGCGGGAAUGUCAGCAACUCUUUACCAAACCUUCAUCGUUUGGAGCUAUCUUCUUGCGAGAUGAAGGCUUUUCCAGAAUUUCUCAGAAGCUCAAAGAAGUUAGAAGUUCUACAGCUCGCUGGCAAUAAGAUUCAAGGUCAGAUUCCCAGCUGGGUGACAUCCAUGCCUUGGGAUUCACUUCUGUAUCUAAAUCUAUCUUACAACCACCUUUCUGGGAUGGAUGCAUUACCUUGGAAGAAUCUAAGGGUUCUAGAUGUUCGAUUCAACCAAAUCCAAGGACAAUUGCCUCUUUUCAUUUGCAAUUUGAAAGCUCUAGCAAUUCUUGAUUUGUCAAGGAACAAAUUUACUGGUGCAAUUCCUCGGUGUUUUGGGAACUUUUCUAGUCAACUUGUGGUCUUGAAUUUGGAAGGAAAUCGCCUGCAAAGGACCAUUAAUUCAAUGGUAUUUGCAAAAGAUAGCAGAUUGAGGUAUCUUGGUCUGAAUACAAAUUUCUUGGAAGGGCCGCUGCCAGAAACUUUGGCCAACUGCAAGUACUUAGAAGUCCUUGAUGUGGGGAACAACCGUCUGAAAGAUAUAUUUCCAGCAUGGUUACAAAAUCUUACGGAGCUCCAAGUUCUUGUGUUGAGUUAUAACAGAUUCUUUGGACCCAUUAGCAUUUUCAAGGCUAAGAGCCCAUUCCAAAAGUUGCAAAUCUUCGCCCUCUCUUGCAAUGAGUUCAGCGGUGUUCUAUCUACAGAACUUUUGGAAAGCUUCAGGGCCAUGAUGAGCUUACAAAGCAACAAAUCAGAAUCUAAAUACUUGCAUGCAACCGGCAAUACGACAAAUUAUCCAUACUCUGUCAACAUGACAUCCAAAGGCUAUGAGAUUGAGUUCACCAAAAUCAUUAGAACUCUCACAACCAUUGAUCUGUCGAGCAACAUGUUUCAUGGGAGGAUCCCAGAUGUCAUUGGAAAUCUCUACUCCCUCAAGUUGUUGAACUUAUCCAACAAUAACUUUUCUGGCCACAUUCCACCAGCUAUUGGGAACCUGAAAUUUCUUGAAACAUUAGACCUUUCAAGAAACCAAAUUGGAGGAGAGAUUCCAAUGCAGCUAACGAAUCUCACAUCUCUUGAAGUCCUAAACUUAUCAUGCAAUCAUCUUAUUGGGCGCAUUCCUCAAGGCAAUCAAUUGCGCACACUUGGUGAAGAUUCAUACAGCGGAAACUCAGGAUUAUGUGGAUUCCCACUAACAAAAAGCUGUGAAGAAAUGCAUGUGCCACAAGCGCCCCCAGACGAGGCAUUGGAACAAGGCAGGAUUCAGUUUCAUGGGUGGAUUUACCUGGAAAUCAGUGUUCAUAGGAUAUGGUUGUGGACUUGUUCUUGGCAUAGCUCUGGUCUUCUAAUGUUUGUUACUGGAAAACCAAGAAGAUUGGUAAGAUUCAUUGAAGAAGAAGCAUAUAGUAAUAGUGUACUCUUGUUUGGAAAGAGAAAAACUGUAUAAUCAGCUGGAAAAACCAAAAACAUGUCACAAGCGCAUGGAAGAAGAAACUAAAUAUCCAGAUAAAUGAGGUGGAGAAAUUUGGGAAAGGGAACUUUUCAUUCCACGUUAGAUGUCUGAAGUAUUUGUGUCAGACCAAUUAAUCUUUCACGGUUCUUCAAGUGCUGUCUGUUGAAAAUCUAGAAUAUCUUUUUUGUACAGCUAUAAAUUCUAUGUAUAUCCCAUGAUUUCUACUCUAUUUUAGGAUAGAAUAAUUUACUCCUAAUGUAUUUUAGGAUAGAAUAAAUUAGCUCCUCAUUUCUAGGAGAUUACAGAUUUCAUAAAAUUAACAAAAGUCAAAUUCCAUUUGUAUAAAUGUUGUACAGAGUCUAGAACAAAAUAGAACAAUUCAGUUUUCUUUUUGUUCAUGGUAUCAGAGCUUUUGCUCUUGGAACCUCUUCUUGUCAGCCUUCAAAGCUGAGUGCUUUCUUCUUUUCAAGUCUUUAUUGCCAAA